AUGUAUUUUGAUGGAGCCGCGCACCGUGACGGAGCUGGUGUAGGAGUUAUCUUUUAUACUCCUGAAUCAGAUAUAUUGUCAUACUCUUUCACUUUAACACGUCGGUGUUCAAACAAUGUGGCCGAAUAUCAGGCAUUGAUUCUCAGUCUGGAAACAGCCGCAGACAUGAAGCAGUUGCAUCUUAGGGUCUAUGGUGAUUCCAAAUUAGUGGUAAAUCAACUUCUGGGUAUUUAUGAUGUCAAAAAGCCUAAAUUGAUCCCAUAUUAUAAGUAUGCAAGACGACUCAUGGGAUAUUUAGAUAACGUCACUAUAGAGCAUAUCCCUAGGAAUUUCAACCAACAAGCUGACUCUUUGACAAGGUUGGCGUCCAUGAUCACUCUAUCUUCUCAUCGAAAUCAAAUUUCAAUAUGUCAAAGUUGGGUCAUACCUCCGAUGUUUGAUGAAGAAGAUGGUGAUGAGGAAGAAAAUGCUUAUCAUAUUUUUGUCCAUGAGAUCGAAAAGGAGGAUUGGCGUCACCUCAUCAUUGAUUACCUUAAUCAUGGAAAGUUAUCAGAAGAUCCCAAGAAAAGGGUUGAUAUACGUCGUCGAGCGCCACGUUUCAUUUACCACAAAGGGACGCUUUACCGAAAAUCAUUCGAUGGAGUGUUUCUGCGAUGUUUUGGAGAAGAUGAGACCAUGUAA